AUGGACCAGUUGAUUGGUGUGAUCAAUGAGCUUCAUGACGCCUUCUCCGGCGUCAAGAUGAACAUCAAGCUCAACCUCCCCCAGAUCGCCGUCGUCGGUAGUCAGAGCUGCGGCAAGAGCUCCGUGCUGGAGUCGAUCGUUGGCAAGGACUUUUUGCCGCGUGGCUCGGGCAUCGUCACACGCUGCCCUCUCGUGCUGCAGCUCGUGCAGCUGCCCAAGUCCAAUUCGGAGGAGUGGGGUGAGUUCCUGCACAUCCCCAACAAGAAGUUCUUUGACUUCAACGCCAUCCAAGAGGAAAUCACGCGCCGCACCAUUGAAGUGGCUGGCCCGCACGCGAUUACGGAUAAGCCGAUCAACCUCAAAGUGUAUUCGAACAUGGUGCUCAACCUUACCCUCGUUGAUUUGCCUGGUCUGGUAAUGAACGCCGUGGGAGAUCAGCCAAAGGACAUUGACCGCCAGAUCAAGGAUAUGGUGACGCGCUAUGUGUCACCCAAGAACACGAUCAUUCUGGCCAUUUCCCCUGCCAACACCGAUCUUGCCACCAGCCAAUCGCUGCGCCUGGCAAAGCAGCUGGACCCGGAGGGUACGCGCACAGUCGGCGUGCUAACAAAGAUUGACUUGAUGGACAAGGGUACGGACUGCUUUGAUGUGCUGCAGAACAAGGUGCUGCAUCUCCGCCAUGGAUUCGUCGGUGUUGUGUGCCGCAGCCAACAGGAUAUCAACGAUCGCAAGUCGAUGGAGGCUGCCCGGCAGAGCGAGUAUGACUUCUUCGCAAACUCACCCACCUAUUCCCCCAUCGCAGAUGAGGCCGGCACCGUCUAUCUUAGCAAGAAGCUGAACAACUUGCUGCUGGAGCACAUCAAAUCCGUCAUUCCAGACCUAAAGCGCCACGUGGACCAGCUGAUGGAAGCCACCAGGAAGCAGAUGGAGAAGCUCGGCAUGUUUGAUCAGAACAUCACCGAGCCCAGCGCGCAGGUGCUGUCCCUCAUCAAGCUUUUCAGCGACACAGUAAAUCAGACGAUCGAUGGCGGUAUCACGGAUGCCACGAAGGAACUGCUCGGUGGUGCGCGUCUCGACUACAUUUUCCACGAGUGCUUCGCCACCUACGUGACUAGCCUGAGCGCCAGGAAGGAUCUCACAGACGACUACAUUCGCAUCAACACCCGUAACAUGGCAGGUAUGCACGCCACCCUGUUCCCCUCCGACCAGGUGUUCGUCGCCUUGUCGAAGCAGCAGAUCGCCCGCCUCGAGGAGCCGUCCAUCAAGUGCGUCUCUUUCGUGUACGAGGAGCUGAUCAAUAUCGUGAAUAUCUGCGCUGCCAAGGUGGACCGCUACCCGAACCUGAAGCAGGCCAUCAUCUCGAUUUGCCAUAAUAUGCUGCUUGACUACCGCUCGCCGACCUCGGCGCACGUCCGUACCAUUAUCAGCGCCGAGCGCGGCUUCAUUAACGUGAAGCACCCGAUGAUGGAUGAACUAGCUCAGCGCGCGUUCGAGAACAUCUACGGCACCCCAAACGGCCAUGCGCCCUCGGGGCCGUCGAAGGGGACUGAGUCGAACCCUUCCACGACUGGCAAUCCACCGGCGGAUCAGAAGGGCAACAGUAAAGAUCCCAAGAAAGAUGACAAAAAGGGUGGCAAGGAUGAAAAGAAGCUGGAAAAGUCGAAGGAUCAGGGCUGGAUUGACAGCCUCGCAAAUGCCGGAAACAAGGCCAGCAUGACUGACGUGCCAUCACGCAUUAUGCUGGGCAACAGCAUGACGAUGCACGAGCAGCGCAUGAACAACGCCAUUCGCGAGAUGGUAGAGGGCUACUUUGCGAUUGUGAAAGGCAACAUCGCCGAUCAGGUGCCCAAGGCAAUCACGCUGCUAAUGAUCUCUCGCCUGCGCGAGGAGGUCUAUGCGCGCCUGGUCCGUGAGCUGUACUCGGAAAAGGCGGCCACUUCGCUGCUCUCCGAGCCUCCAGGCAUCGCGGCACAGCGCAAAGCAGCCAAGGAGAUGCUCGAGGCUCUCACGAAGGCACAGAAUGCUCUCAACAGCGUGCGCGACUACCACCUCGGUAGGGAACCGCCCUCGUCUACCUAA